AUGGAUGAUGCUUACUCCCAUCAAGCUUCAACUCCUUCAGACAGACAUCGCAAAUCUAAAUUGGAAACCAUGAGAAACGAGAACAUGAACUUUGUUGAGUAAUCUUAAUUAGAUAGUCUAUAGCUCAAACGACGUGAUAGUGGAAUACUACAAAAAUUAGUACCUAAUGUUAUUAUGGCUAUAGACAAGCAAGUGGAUUGGAUAGGUAUUUUCUGGAAAUCGAAUAAUGGCUGGAAGAAGACAAGACUCUGCAUACCAAUACACCCUUAGUUCUCGAAGCAGAUGAUGGGAUUGGGAAGAAGACCCUUUUGGUCAAAUGGAUGGAAUAUCAUGCCAGAAAUAAGAAAGGAGUAAGAGUAUAGUGAAUAAUAGCGAUAUCCUGAUUUCAUCAUUCCCCAUUUCGCCACUUAAUCAGGCAAAAAUAGCAAUUAUUAUUAUGCCAUCUACAGAAUCCUAAUUAAAUUGAGAGAAGCACUCAACAUCAAGCAGAAGGUGGAGCUGCUAGAGGAGAAGCUAAGAAGAUAUUUCCAAUAUUGGUUAGAAAUUUGUAGUAGAUAAUUGGAUUAGCAAAUUAUAAAUGGAGCCCAAAUCAUUUAUGACAAGGUACCUGAUAAUCUUCAUUCUGUAGGUCAUUCUAGUUUUUGAAGGGAUAGACAAUUUCAGAGAGAUACUGGAUAUGCAUCGAGAAGCCAAUGUAAAUUUUUGGUUGCCAAAAUACUUCCCAACCAAUAUCAAAGUCAUUGUAACUGCUGAAAGACAGUCAGCCUCGAUGAGAUUGUUGAAACCUGAUUGUCAAGUGAUACCGAUUGUGUCUGAUAAAACAGUCAUGAAAUAGACAGUCAAUCAUCAUUUGGGGAAACAUCUACUCAUUUAAGUAUUUACAUCUACUAAUUAUUGAGAAUCCUUAAAAUCUGUUGGAUAUAUUCAUUCAAUUAAGUUAUAAAGUGAGAAAUCAACCAGUCUUUGUGAGAUCCUAUUUUUCUGUCUUCAUUCCAUAUCCUUCAGAAGGAGUUGUGGAAGAAAAUGAAAUUGAUGAAAGAAUUGUGGAAUAGAUACUGCAACCACUAAAAUUGGAACAUUUCAUAUCUAUGAAAGUAGUAGAGGAUCUGUUUGCAUUUCAAUUAGAUUACUUUUCAAAGGCCAACAUAAUGGAAGUUGCUAAAUUUAGAAAAAUCUUAUUGGUCUUGUCUCUAACUUAAAAAGGAUUGACAUAUCAAGAAAUUGAAAGUGUCUGUAACAUUACAAUCAAAGAAUGGAAAUUGUUUCUCGUCUUCUUUAAAGUGUACAUUAUGAAACAUAAAGAAUUAUGGAUCAUUCAUAAUGAAAUCUUUAAAAAAGUAAUCAUAAACACCUACUACACUGACAUUAAGGACGUCUUAGAAUUGCAUGAUACUAUAGCUACGACUAUUGACAAGAUUACUCCCAAUUCCAUAAGGAAAUUGGAAGAAUAAACCUUCCAAUUAUAUAGUGCUAAGAACUAUUUCUCUUUGAAAGAAGUCAUUAGUAUCAUUGAGAACUUUCUGCUUCUCUUUAAUCCUUCUAACAAAUAUGAUCUAUGUAGAUAUUGGUAAUCCCUUGAAGAGAAUGGUUUUGAUCCUGUUUUGGAAUACAAUAAAGCAGUCGAAGGUUUUCAAAUUCAUUAUCAUCCUUCAUCUGAGGACAUGUUCAGAAUAAUCUUACAAAUUUCAAGGUUUCUCAAGGAAUUUGGUGAUUUUGAGACCAGGAACACUCCCAUAUUUAGACACCCUCCUAUAAUUGGAGUAUUGAGUGACUUAUAUGAUAUCGGGUUGCUCUAUGAAAUCCUGAAACUAGACCUUUAUUAUGACAAAGCACCUGAGUUAAAGGAGUUUGAUCCGGCUAAGCAUUUAAAACGUGUUGCUAAACCAAAGACAGCUCCUGUGCUUUCCAAGAUGGAGGCACUCAAUGUAGAGAUACAACAAAAUAGACAAUUAAUCAGAACACAUUAUCUUUCAUUGAUAUCUAAACCCUUCGAGUAAACUGAGAAUGAAGAAGAACCCUCUGAAGACGUGGAUCAAUUGGCUGAAGAACUUAAUCACAGAUUGAGAAAGGUCAUUCAAUAAAAGGAAGAGAAUCUUUCCUAAGAUUAAUUGUAAUCAAGUGAGCGAGAAUCUACUGAUUAUUAUUACAAGAGAUGGAUUUGGAUCUAAUUUCCAUGGGCUUGCACGAGUAUUGACAAGAAAUGCGAUUACUCCAUGGUCAUCAAACAAUGUUUCUCUUCAGCAACAGAUUAUAUGAGUGUUGAGGAUGAGAAUGCUUUCACAGAGUCAGCACUUAAAAUAGCCCUUGAAGCCAAGAGAAAGCGAAAGGAGAUGUAUGAGUAAAAGCAAGAACAAGAAACUCAAUUGUAACUUAUCCCUUAAGUGCCUGUGCUAUUAAAGAAGGGAUAGGAAGAGGUCUUGAAAAAACAAAAACGAGAAUAAAUGGAGUUUAGUACGAUUUCAAGUCAAAGAUAUGCUAGAUCCUCAGCUGUGAUCUUACCUCCAGUAUCUAAUAGGAGUGCUGUGAUGACAUAGGAAGAUGUGCCCUAAGAUAAUCAUAAAAGUCAUUUGAUGUUUAUAACUUCGGAUUUUACAGAUUCUAAUUAUCUUAAUCAGGAAUCAAAAACAAUCAAAUUAACACAGUCGGUAGUACCCAAUGAUGGGUAGGAGACUCAGCACUUACUUGAGAAUUUGAAGAAAUAAAAAAGUAAAUUUAAAUAGUUCUCUUCCAAUUCUGUUUCGCAUGGGAAUUAUAAGAUUACUGAGAUUUUUCCAAUCGUCAAGGGAAACAUAUUGUAACAUUCAACAUCCCAGUUUAACUUAUUACAGUAUCAAGCAAGGUAGAUGAGGUAAAAAUUGGAUUAGAUUAUUUAUGAGAAUUUGUAGCUGGCUCAGACUUACAAAAUGUUAAAGAUUAUGGAUUUCAACAAGGGAUAUUUGAAAAAGGAACUUAAUAAUCUAGAAGGCUUGAAGUAAGCAUAGAGGGAUCUGAACUAAUAAAUAGAGAGAGCAGAGAAGGAGUUGAAGAAAUCUUGCAAGACUAAGAUAAGGGUGAAAAAGAUCUUGAAAAUAUGCAGAGACAACAAAUAAUAAAAUGAGGAGUACAUUAGAUAUUUAAAUUAUCUGACGAGAAAUUUCACUAAGUUAAUUAAUUUUGAAUAACUUGAAAUUAAAAAGAGUCAGGAAAAUAUAUAAUAAGCAAAACGAUAAUUUGAUGAAUUUUUAAAGGUCUAUCGUUAAAAGCGAUAACAUCAGACAACAUUAUUGCUUCAAAUCAGAAAUAGUUUAAGAGAAAAGCAACAUUUAGAUAGAAUAUUUUAAUUGAGUGAUUUGCAAAUUGCUGAAAAAGCUCAUGGUUCAAUCUAAAAAUUGAGGAAAAGAUUGAACAAAAAGGAAAAUGACACCAAGAACAAGAAAAACAAAGAAUCUCAAGAAAAGGAAGUCAAAUUACAAAGAGAAAAGUUAAUGAACCUAGAACAACAAUAUCAGAUGAUAAAAGGAGUUUUUGAUAUUAAGAAUAGUGAUUAUCAUUUGAAUAAGGAAUUCGUAGAUUUUAUGGCAUCGAAGGAAAGAAAAAGCGAAUAUGAAAUUAAAUUGUCAGAGUCUAGAUAGAAAUUAAGUGAGGUCUUGGAUCUAAAUAGAAAAUUGAAUGAAUAAGCUAAAACAUAUGAGAGUGCCUAUUCAUCUCUGAAUUUCAGUUAAAAUGAAGUCAAAAAAGAAGGUACAAGUUUAUAUCCUAUAGAAUUAGAGCAAUUUUAAGAGAAAAAGCAAAUUAACAAUAUUUAAAUGCAAGAGUUACAACUCAAGAAACUGAUGGUUUUGGAGGCUCGAUUAACCAGUUCAUUAGAAUUGAUCGGAAAGAAGUGUGGAGUUAAAGAUGAAGACCAGGUAAUGCAAAUUUAGAUUAUUAUCAGAUUUCCAUUAUUUUAGAAUAGAGGAGACAACACAUUAUCAAAAAUGAAGGAUAGACAAAUUAUUAGAAGAUUUUACAGCAGUAGUAUUAGAUGGAGCCCCUUUUAAAAUAACAAGCGCCAUUCUAUUUUCCAAAAAGAUACACAAAUAAUAAUAGCAGUAAUAACAGUGAAAGUUGAC